CGCUUGCUUUCUGAUUGAAUCCAGCUCGCAUUAGUUGGACGAGCGUAUGAGCAUAACAGGGGGGGAAAAACGCUUUGACGCCGAAUCUGCGGGUACGGUCAAUUUGCCGCUCCAUCGUAGCGUACUCGGGAUGAUUCGACGUCCGGCCCGCCGCGCGAGGAUCGUGACCGCUUUGUUCGUCUGUCUGAUUUCUUACCGGGCUGCGCUCACAAGGAUGCCUCAGAUGAUAACUGCGCAGGGAUGCCUCCGUUGAACAUGGACAAACAGGGCGUCUGUUACAAAGAAGGCUUCUUCCUUUCUUUUUUGAACAAGGGCCACACACAAAAUCACUGCAACGCUCGCCAUGGACAACUUUGACGUGCCACUCGUCCGCGGAUCCCAUGAAGAACAUUGCGCAGUGCAGUGAAAAGGAUAUAUCGUAUUGUGGCUUUCGAACUGGUGGUGAAUAUAUUACCUAAUCAUCUGCUAUUCAACUGGGUAUAAAUUCCCAGUGCAGCCCGAGACACUACAGAGCGCGCUGGUGCAUUGUCAAUGUGAGGAGCUUUGUCCAGUGGUGACAGCCACUCUGCGAGGGUACAGAUGAGAGGCAAACAAUACCAUCAACCACUGAAGUUGACAGCGCCUUGGGAGAAGGAUGCUGGCUUUGGGAGGAAGCUUAAAACCUACAGGAAUCAUACCAAGAUAAUAGCACAGCCUGGGAUCGUGAUGAAAGUGCUCCGCAGGAAGAAGAUUGUGUUAUUUAUGGCCUAUUUCUUACUGCUGGUUCUCACUAUGCUUAAUUUGGCUAAUUACAAAUGGACUAAAGAGCCACAGCAGUGUAACCACCAGAUGAGGAGCACCACUUAUCAGAGCAGAUCUGAUAUUCGCUUCCUGUACAGGCCCUCGCUGGCUAAAAAGAGACAGCUCAUCUACGUCCUGACCACCUGGAGGUCGGGCUCUUCCUUUUUCGGGGAGCUUUUUAACCAAAAUCCUGAAGUGUUCUUCUUGUAUGAGCCCAUGUGGCACAUCUGGCAGAAACUGUACCCCGGAGAUGCGGUGUCUUUACAAGGGGCAGCCAGGGACAUGCUCAGCUCCUUGUACCGCUGCGAUCUAUCCGUUUUCCAACUUUACAACAGCCCCGGGGGCAAGAAUUUUACCUCCCUUGGACUAUUCGGGGCCACCCUCAAUAAAGUGGUGUGCUCCUAUCCUCUGUGCUCAGCCUACCGGAAGGAGGUGGUGGGAAUGGUGGAUGAUAAGGUGUGUAAAAAGUGUCCCCCUCAGAGCCUUAGACUGUUGGAGGAGGAGUGCCUCAAAUAUAACACUAUAGUCAUUAAAGGGGUACGCAUUUUGGACGUAAAUGUGCUGGCUCCUCUCAUGGAAGAUCCAUCCCUGGAUUUGAAGGUGAUUCACUUGGUUAGAGACCCGCGUGCAGUAGCCAACUCCAGGAUCAAAUCUAGGCACGGCCUGAUAAGGGAGAACUUGCAGGUGGUCCGAAGCAGGGACCCCAAACUUCGCAGGAUUCCUUUCGUAGAUCCCGGUCACAAAGCCAACAAGAAGGACGGCUCAGACUACCACUCCAUCGGAGCCAUGGAGGUGAUCUGCGAUCGCACCUCCAAGACUUUGAGGACUGCCUUAAACCCGCCCAGCUGGCUGAAAGGGAAGUACAUGGCCGUGCGGUACGAGGACCUGGUCGAAAACCCGGUGAAGACCCUGAGGAGCAUCUACCGCUUCACCAACCUCACCACCAACCACGACAUCGAGUCGUUCGCACUGAACAUGACCAGCGGCUCCAGCUCCUCCUCUAAGCCAUUCAUAGUCUCCUCCAGGAAUGCAACACAAGCUGCUAGUGCAUGGAGAACAGUGCUCAGCAUUCAACAGAUCAAACAAGUGGAAGACUACUGCCACCAUGCCAUGUCUGUUCUAGGGUACGAAAGAGUGAGAACGGCCGGGGAGGCCAAGGACUUGGGCAAAUCACUACUGACACACUCCAAACUGUGAAAACAUCCUCACCACCAAAGACUUUUUAAUUUAAUGUUCAUUCUGCAUCGAGUGCCGUUUCCUCUUAUUGUGGAAUUAAAGCUUUACUUUUCACUCACUGUUCAAGGAGCUCCGCUGGCCACAUUUGGAAUGUAUCAUGUUUCCCUCAGUUGAGCUGCAGCUGUAUGUCAAGGGACCACAUAUUUUAUACUGGAACACUGGAUGUGAUUGACGAUGUAAGGCCUAAGAACAAUGACUUGAAUAAUGAAGCUGCAAAGUUGAAAAAAAAAAAAAAGAAGCAACCGUAUCAUUUAUGUAUCUUGCUAUGAUGACACUUCAAAGUGGAUGUUUUUGAGAUUAUUUUUGAAUGUUCAAAAUCGAAAAAAAAAGUUGUUUUGUUUUCCAGUCUCCAUACUGUCUGUGAAAGUGAAAAUAGAAAAUGAAAGGAAACAGAAGAACAACUGGUAAAAAAAAAAAAAGAAGAAGCUUGUCACUAAUGUUUAUUUGUAAGAUACGGUCAGAGACAAUCAGUAAAUUGGUUUGUUGAUGUGCCAUAGCUAGAGGUGUCAUCAGAGCAGCAGUAGUGCUAUUUCUAGAUUUAAAAAAAAAAGAAGAAAAAAAAAGGUUGAGGAGGUGUUUUGACUUGUCCUGAUAGGAUGAUAUCAUGCACUGUGGACGUUAACGUAACUCCAGCUGCGGCUGGAAAGUCUCUCAGUGUCAGUGUGAGCAGUCUGUUCUACCAUUUCAAAUGUUUACAAUUGCUUGCUCUUAUAAAAACACUUGAUCUGGGAAUAUUGCAUUGAGUAAAGUUCAAAGUUAACGAGA